AUGGCAGCAUCUCCAGAGCUGGUGCGAGAGACCACGGCUGGCCACAUGGCCUUGCUGGUGGCCAAAAACGUGGCCAUGUUCCCGGCCAACACGGAGCGCUUCUCGGAGGGCCACAUCGACGUCUGGUGGAUCGUGCAUGACGGGGGGAUGCUGAUGCUCCUGCCCUUCCUCCUGCGCCAGCACAAGGUCUGGCGCAAGUGCAAGAUGCGAAUCUUCACGGUGGCCCAGAUGGACGACAACAGCAUCCAGAUGAAGAAGGAUUUGACCACCUUCCUCUACCACCUGCGCAUCACGGCCGAGGUGGAAGUGGUGGAGAUGCACGAGAGCGACAUCUCGGCCUACACCUACGAGAAGACCCUGGUGAUGGAGCAGAGGUCGCUGAUCCUCAAGCAGAUGCACCUGACCAAGACGGAGAGAGAGCGCGAGGUGCAGCUGAUCCACGACAAGAACGCCACCAGCUUCUCCGGCAUCUCACAGUCCCCGGGGGAGGAGGCCGAGGCCGAGGCCGAAGCUGAGGCCGCCCCUGAGAAGGUGCACCUCACCUGGACGAAGGAGAAGGAGGCCGAGAAGAUGAAGGCCAAGAGCCCCAUCAGCUCAGAGAGCAUCAAGGACUUCUUCAACAUGAAGCCGAACCAGUCCAACGUCCGGCGGAUGCACACGGCCGUCCGGCUGAAUGAGGCCAUCGUGCGGAAGUCGCAGGAGGCGAAGCUGGUGCUGCUCAACAUGCCGGGGCCCCCCCGGAACCGCAAGGGGGACGAGAACUACAUGGAGUUCCUGGAGGUGCUGACGGAGCAUCUGGACAGGGUGCUGCUGGUCCGUGGGGGUGGCCAGGAGGUCAUCACCAUCUACUCUUGA